GAAAGGACGUGUUCAGUUGUGCAACGUGCAGAUAUGAAAAAUGCCUUUAGUAGAAGGCUGUGGAAAACAGAUGAAACCUGAAAAUGUGUGAUCGGGACGGGUCUUCUGCUUCUGCUGCUGCGAAGCAGCGGUUGCUGUGUUAAAGGGCGGGCCCUGUGCCAAUGUCAGCGGCAUGUUGUUCCUGAUAGUGCAGCCCACAGUAUGGAGGCUGCCGAAAAGAUCUUCCCGCAUUGGUGGAUCACUCGUCCACCUCAUUCAGUAUUCUAAGGCUGCUCCCGUGGUUUCUGUCAAUCACUUAAAUAAACCCACGGUGAUUUCUUCAUCCAAGAAAAAAGUUCCAGGAACAACUACAGUCAAACAUGCAACUUCAUUGGCUGUCAAUAGCUCUUUAAUUACCCCUCCCUUAGUCGAAUUAGUGACCCCUGUGGUUGUAAAUGAAAUUGGAAGCUCAUCCAAACCUAAAAAUGUUAGCGAAAGAGAUCAGAAUGCAUGGCGGGAGUAUGCUGCAAAACCAGCAAAUUUAACUGAUCUUUAUCUUAAACUUUCUAAAAUUAGGCUAACUUCCCUGGUUGUUUUAACAACAAUGGGAGGGUAUGCUGUAGCCUCUGCUCCCUUUGAUCCCCUCACAUUUUUAAUGGCCUCUGUGGGAACUGGCUUAACAUCUUGUGCAGCCAAUUCAAUUAACCAGUACUUAGAAGUUCCCUUUGACUCUCAAAUGUCUCGAACAAGGAACAGAGUGCUGGUUCAAGGAAAGCUUUCCCCACUGCAUGCAGUUGGUUUUGCUGGUGUUUCUGCCACUGUUGGAAUAUCCGCCCUCUACUUUGGGUGCAACCCACUCACAGCUUUGCUAGGUGCUUCCAAUUUGGUACUGUACACCAUGAUUUACACUCCAAUGAAAAGAGUCAGCAUUCUCAAUACUUGGGUUGGAUCCAUUGUUGGUGCCAUGCCUCCUUUGAUGGGGUGGGCCGCCUGCACUGGCAGUCUUGAGCCUGCUGCUUGGAUCAUGGCAGGACUGCUAUAUGCAUGGCAGUUUCCACAUUUCAAUGCAUUGUCGUGGAAUCUACGACCAGACUAUUCACGUGCAGGAUAUCGUAUGAUGUCAGUCACUGACCCUGGUUUGUGCCGGAGAGUUGCUCUACGUUACACAGGUGUAAUAUUAGCUCUGUCCUGUGCUGCUCCGUACCUAGAACUUACAAACCAAUGGUUUGCAUUAGAAUCAUUGCCAUUAAAUGGUUACUUUGCCUAUCUCGCAUACCAGUUUUAUAAGAAAUCAGACAGCAGCUCAUCUCGCAAGCUGUUUAGAUUUUCUCUAAUCCAUCUACCUGCCCUGAUGUUACUAUUACUGUUCAAUAAGAAGAAGUGGUACUUAGGAAACAAAGAAGAGAUUGUAGUGCCGAGUCUUUUAGAAAUGGAUCUUCCAAAAGUUCCAAUGAUACUCGGCGCAUCUAAUGUAUUAGCUGCAACUCCUACCAAUUUGCCACCUAGUUCCUCUGUAUGAUAAACAGAUAAACCAAAAAUAAUUCUCUUGUAGAUUCUGGUGCUGGCAUCAUGUCUACAUGCUAUUUUGCAAUGAACUAAAUGUUAAAUGUUUUUCUGAUGGUAAUGAUACUGCCUUGAAAUAUGCUUUUUUCAUUGCAACUUAACUCAAAUUUAUGAUAGAAGGGAAUUUUAAACAAUUUGGUUAUGUGUGGGAACCAAGCCCAAUCAGGCUGUGAUUUUAACUGUAAAUGUGUUGAUCCUGAUGGUGGUCAUUUCUCUGUAUUAUGAUGGACAUCUAUCUUGUUCAUGUAUUAGUGUUUGUUGAAUGCCACAACAUAUUGCCUCAAGUUACCUUCAUGCUAUGAAAGGUAUUGAUUCUCUCAUUAAUGUUCAUUAUAAAAUGUGCUAUGUAUCAUGAAAACCCAAGAAUUGCUGCUUUGGGGUCCAAGGUAGUAUGGUUUAAUGUUCAAUGGCUACACACUGUUCCCUAGAAACUGUACGUAACUUAUGUUAAAAACUGCAAAAUUUAGCACUGUACUUCAGAGCUUUCACUGCUUUGGGCUUAAAUUGUGACAAAUUAGAAGCAAAAAAUAUUCCCACCGUACCACAAAAAAAAGAUAAAUUGGGGCAAAUUUGUGCAGUAUGUCAAUUGCUUUCUCAGAUGGAUUAAAACAAAAGCGUAGAAAACAGACACUGUGUGACUAAUUAAAUUUUGACCUGCAAACAAUUUGUGUUGUUUUAUUUAGAUUUUAGAGUGUGCUUGAUUUAUUUCUGGAAAGAUUGAACAUUCUACUAAAUUUAGUCUAAAUUGAUACACAAUGUAAAUACUGUACAGAUUAUGAUGUAACUAAUUGUUGAAUAUGAGUUAAUAAAUGCAAUAAUUUACGUGA